AUGGGCGCGUGCAUGAGCAGCGGCAACAAUGAGGAUGGUGACCAGAAGAAGCGCAGCCAGAUGAUCGAUCGAACACUGGAGGAAGACUCGAAGAAGCUACGGCGAGAAUGCAAGAUCCUGCUGCUCGGUUCCGGAGAGAGUGGGAAGAGUACGAUCGUCAAGCAGAUGAAGAUCAUACACCAGAAUGGCUACAGCGUCGACGAACUGGCCCUAUACCGGCAUACUAUCUACAAAAAUCUGAUAGAUUGCGCGAAAGCUUUGAUAGGAGCCAUGCGCCAAUUCGAGAUCGAGGUCGAGAACCCAGCAAAUCGAGAACUGUGCGAGUUCAUCAUGGAGUAUACCGUCAAUCCCGAUCCGCAACAAGCUCUGGAACCCAAAGUAGGAGACGCAGUCGCAAGUAUAUGGAAGGAUCCAUGCAUUCAGAAAGUAUUCGACCACCAGAACGAGUUCUACCUGAUGGAUUCGGCUUCUUACUUCUUCGACGAAGUAGGACGGAUAGCAGCGGCCGACUACAUCCCCACCGAGGCAGACGUACUGCGAGCGCGUACGAAGACUACCGGUAUAUACGAAACGAGAUUCCAGAUGGGUCAAUUGAGCAUACACAUGUUUGAUGUCGGCGGCCAAAGAAGUGAACGCAAAAAGUGGAUACACUGCUUCGAGAAUGUCACGUCCAUCAUCUUCUGCGUGGCACUUAGCGAAUACGACCAAGUGCUUCUUGAGGAAAGCAGUCAGAACCGCAUGAUGGAGUCAUUGGUUCUAUUCGAUUCCGUGGUAAACUCGAGAUGGUUCAUGAGGACAUCGAUCAUCCUCUUCCUGAACAAGGUCGAUCUCUUCCGAGCUAAACUUGCGCGGUCGCCUCUCGGGAACUACUUUCCAGAUUACUCAGGGGGCAACGACGUCAAUCGAGCGGCGAAGUACUUGCUCUGGCGUUUCAAUCAAGUGAAUCGAGCGCACCUGAACCUUUAUCCUCACCUCACGCAAGCGACCGAUACAUCGAAUAUCCGGCUCGUUUUCGCAGCUGUGAAAGAGACGAUACUGCAGAAUGCUCUCAAGGAUUCAGGAAUCCUCUAA